CCCAAAUUGAAAAAGAAAAUCCAAUCAAGAACCCUAAAUUUCUGAUUUGAUCGGUUUUGGUCCAAAGCGAAAUCUUAUCAGGAGAAAAAAUGUCGUCUCUGGGGACAUCGAAGGGGAUUCUGGAGAUCGCUAAGUUCGGCGUCUACGUCGCCGUUCCUAUCUUCCUCAUGUACACUUUCGCCAACAACAGCUCCAACAUCAAAAAGUUCAUGGGAAAUCAUUCAUAUGUCGUCUACCCGGAAAACGCAGACCGACCUCCUUCCCCCGAGGAGUUGAGAGAGGCGGCCCGAGAACUCGCCCGCAAGAGAAACAUCGGAUAAAUCGGGUUUCUACCCGAACCUUAGCAGUAUUUGCAGAAUGUGGCAAAAUGUUGUGCUUAUGGAAUCUUUUCUGUUACACUGGUUUGGUUUCUUCCCUGUAAUAUCAUAUAACAUAUAGCUCUUUGAGAGCAAUAAUGAUAAAGAAAAAAAGGCUGUCAGCCUUGUC